UGGGUCGAUCCAAUCCAGCCAACAUAUUUUGGGCCUCAACUUUGUUCAACUUCUUUGUCUUGCUCUGCUCAGCGCUCCGUCUCAGUCUACCGCUUGCAUCUCUCUCUCAACACACCGUACACUGGCUGCGAAAAGAGAAGGCAAGAGCUUUAAGCAGACUGGGACUGUUAGAAGAUACUCAUCAAUAUUUUUGUGACUAAAAGAGAUGGUAUUCGGAGCCCUAAGGUCCAUCGUUCGACCUCUAUCAAGAACCCUAAUAUCCCGAACCUCAACUUCUUCCUUGACGUCCUUUGCUGCCAACUCUGCGUGUCUGAAACCUGAGCUUCGCUUCGUUUCUGGUGGCAGCCAAGCUCCGUGGUUUUUCCCCAUUUCCAACUAUUUUCACAGCUUGACAGAUACUCGUUUCCCCAAACGGCGUCCGACCGACAAGCCACGUCGAAAAAGGGCCAGCGUAAGACCUCCAGGACCAUUUGCUGCAGUUCAGUGUGUUCCUGGUGCGCCAAUAGUUCCUAAUAGACCCAAUGAGGGAAGUGUGAAGCGAAGGAAUGAGAAGAAGCGCAUGAGGCAACGUCGUGCAUUUAUAUUGGCAGAAAAAAAGAAAAGGAAAGCUCUGGUGCAGGAGGCUAAAAGGAAGAAAGUUAUAAAGAGAGUUGAGAGAAAAAUGGCCGCUGUUGCAAGGGAAAGAGCAUGGACUCAAAGACUCGCCGAGCUGCAGAAACAGGAAGAAGAGAAGAAAAAGUCCAUGGCUUAGUAUCACUAUUGUGGAAUCACUUUGGGAUUGCCAUGCUGCUGAAAGUUUUCUGCACUACCAUUGAAUUCGACUUGGUUUCUUUAGGUUCGUUAUUCCCCUUAAGUGGACCUAUAUUCUGUUUAAUCGUGGUUUGCUUACUCUCAAUUUAUACGGCAAGGGUCGUUUGGCAGAUAUUCUCCUUAGUGUUUUGUAGACAAGUAAACUGAGUUUUGAUUUGCAAUUUGCGAGGUUUGGUAGAGAAGUAGCCCCAGCCACCACAUAAGCAA